UCUGCUAAGGCAAGGUAGUGGCUACUUCUGUCCCACCCAAAAUCACUGAAAGCAUCCGUUGUUCAGCAGAGAUCUCAAAUGUUCCGACUCACGAAUCAGGGGAACAUUAUGGUUUAAAUUCAAACCUUCGGGUGUAGACAUUAGAAGCAGUAGAGAGAGACUGGGAGCGACUGGCAAGAGAGGAAAUAAGUUAAACUGAGGCAAAGCGGAGUUAAGUGGUUUGAGGAAAAGAAAGAAUGAAUCAACUAACUAAAGAAGGAUUGCCCAUGUGCUUCCAGAUAUUUCCCUGUUCCUCCUGAAGUGGAAUUUUGCACUCUACUGUGAAAAAAGGGAUGAAUGAGGGGCGCUCUGCUUUGCUGAGGAGGUGCCACCUCGUCUUGUCCAAGACAGACACCCUCAGUGCUCCCUCUGUCAGAACUACUGCUUCUGAGGAUGCUGGAGAAAGUGUGACUGCUCAGGCUGAAAAUGAUACAGCUUUCCCAUUGUCUGAGUUCUCAGACCUGUUUGAGAGUGAGGAUGGCUCCCAGUCGGCUCAGGACACGAGUCUGGAUACAACUCUGGAGAAUGCUCAGUCCACCAUUCAGCCCUGCCAGCCCACGGACAGUAGACAAAACCUGAAAAUGAAGUUUCAAGGUGCCUUCAAGAAGGGUAUUUCCAACCCGAUGGACCUGUUAGAAACCACCAUAUAUGAUUCAAAUGUGGUGCCAGGACCUAAAAAAGCUCCCAUGGACUCACUCUUUCACUAUGGCACCUACGGAAAUACAAGCAACCAGAAAAAACGCAGGAAAAAGCUUCCAAGAGGUAAAACUGAGACAUCCUGUGAUGACAGUCAAAGCACUGAUCCACCAAAAGUGCUGAAAAUAUUCACUCGCUUUACACUGUUCGACUGUGUUUCUCGGGGUGACCCAGAGGCCCUUGAGGGCCUGCUGGAGUACCUGCAAAGUCAAGAGAAGAGGCUAACAGAUGAAGAGUUCAGAGAGCUGUCCACUGGAAAGACAUGUCUACCUAAAGCCCUGCUCAACCUUUAUGGUGGUCGGAAUGACACCAUCCCAGUGCUGGUGGACAUUGCUGAGAAGACGGGAAACCUGAGAGAGUUCAUAAACACGCCCUUCAGGGAUGUCUUCUACAGAGGCCAGACGGCGCUCCAUAUUGCUAUCGAGCGACGCUGUAAGCAGUAUGUGGAGCUGCUGAUGGAGAAGGGAGCAGAUGUUCACGCCCAAGCAAGGGGACGCUUCUUCCAGCCCAAAGAUGAGGGGGGCUACUUUUAUUUUGGUGAGUUGCCCCUCUCACUGGCUGCAUGCACCAACCAGCCUGGUAUAGUGCAUUACCUGACAGAAAAUCCUCAUAAGAAGGCCGACCUACGCCGCCAGGAUUCACGUGGAAACACGGUAUUGCACGCUCUCGUGCACAUCGCAGACAACACCAAGGACAACACCCGUUUCCUUACGAAGAUGUAUGACAUGCUGCUGAUAAAGUGUGCCAAGCUCUUCCCAGACUGCAACCUGGAGACUAUACUCAACAAUGACGGCAUGUCACCCCUCAUGAUGGCGGCCAAACUUGGAAAAAUAGGGGUCUUCCAGCACAUCAUUCGUCGUGAGAUCAAAGAUGAAGAAGUUCGUCAUCUGUCACGUAAAUUUAAGGACUGGGCUUAUGGUCCGGUGUAUUCCUCCCUCUAUGACCUGUCUUCCCUCGAUACAUGUGGAGAGGAACCAUCCGUGCUGGAGAUUCUAGUUUAUAACAGCCGCAAUGAGAACCGUCACGAGAUGCUGGCUGUGGAGCCCAUCAAUGAGCUGCUGAGGGCAAAGUGGCAGAAGUUUGCUGCUCCUACUUUUUACAUCAGUGUGGUGUCUUACCUCAUCUCCAUGAUCAUUUUUACCUUGGUCGCUUAUUACCACCCAACCAAUGAAAUGCCUCCUUACCUCUACAAGACCUCUUCCGAUUAUCUACGGAUGGCAGGAGAGAUCAUAACCUUGGCAUCGGCGAUCUUCUUUUUCCUCACAAAUAUUAAGAAUGUCUUUCUGAAAAAGUGUCCAAAGCUAAACUCGUUAGUUUUUGAUGGGUCCUUUCAGUUGCUUUUUUUCAUCUACUCUGUCCUGGUUAUUGUCACUGCUGCUCUCUACCUGUCUGGCAUUGAGGCCUAUGUCACUGUGAUGGUGUUUGCACUCAUCUUGGGCUGGAUGAAUAUGCUCUACUUUACCAGAGGCCUAAAGCUCACUGGAACCUACAGCAUCAUGAUACAGAAGAUUCUUUUCAAAGACCUUUUCAGAUUCCUGCUGGUCUAUGUGCUCUUUAUGAUCGGGUAUGCUUCAGCCUUGGUGUCCUUGUUGCCAGUUUGUCCUACAGAGUGUGUCGGGGAUUGUCCCACUUACCCAAACUGCAGGAACCCAGAUACUUUCAGCACUUUCCUUCUGGACCUCUUCAAACUGACCAUUGGGAUGGGAGAAUUAGACAUGGUCUACAGCGCACGGUAUCCUGGAGUCUUCCUCUUCCUCUUGGUUACCUAUAUUAUCCUCACCUUUGUUUUGCUACUCAACAUGUUAAUUGCCUUGAUGGGGGAGACGGUUGGACAGGUGUCCAAAGAGAGCAAGAAGAUCUGGAAGCUUCAGUGGGCAACCACUAUCUUGGACAUCGAGCGCUCAUUCCCAGUGUGCCUUCGGAAGUCGUUUCGAGCUGGGGAGAUGGUGACUGUAGGGAGGAACUUGGAUGGCUCACCAGAUCGACGGUGGUGUUUCAGGGUGGAUGAGGUAAACUGGUGCCACUGGAAUCAGAAUCUAGCAAUAAUCAGUGAGGAUCCAGGCAAGACUGAGACCAGCCAAACCAAUGGGUUACAGCAAAGCGUCAGAGGCCUGAGGAGAGAUCGUUGGUCCACUGUGGUCCCGCGGGUGGUGGAGUUAAGUAGAGGUCCUCGUUCUCAUGAUCUAGUGGUGGAGAUGGAGCCACUGACACCAAGACACUGAAGCCUGCUGAGAAUAAAGUCAUUUUUAAUUAGGAGAAAGGAUCAAGACCAUCUGAUAUGAUGUUGAACAACAAGGAAUGUUUUAGUCAGCAAGUGCCUGGAUUCGCUCAUGUCUCUAAGAUAGGCUCUAAGAUAUGAUAAUAGGAAAUUUUCCUGUUGGAAGACCUAAAAAAUCUACUACAGUUUGCUUGGUUUUUUACUUGUACAGAGGAGUAGAACCCCUAAAUACAUAAUGUUAUGUACAGCUCUGCAUAUCAGACAUCAACGGGUGAUCACUCAGGGAAAUCUGAUCAUUUCAGCAUUUGGAGAGUUUUUGUAUUCUUAUAGUCAGCAGCUUUAUAGCUUUUCUAAAAGCUGAAAGCCUAAACAGAUUAUCACUGCAUUAGCACAUUUGCAUAUUUUUUUUUUCAGCUAUAAUCACAAAACGAAAUCAUUUUUUCCAAGAGUGUUAUCACUGAGUGUCUACCAAAGAUAGAGGUAGCAAUUAGAAGGUGUUAAGUUUACUUUAUAUUAAAAACUUUAAGUUAGAGCGAGUUCUCUACUUGCUAUUCAGAAUGUUUUUAGGUGGGAGGUUUCAGUAAAUAGAACCAGGGUAUCUCUUUUUAUGCAACUUUUUUUUUAUAUACUGUAUUAAAGUAAUGCACUCAAAUGAAAUGUGCAGGCUUGAACUGGCAGCUUGGGCAGACCAGCUCUGAUUUGAGCUAAAACAAUGCACUAUGCCAAUUUCUGAUGUGUGCAUUAUUAUAUGAAUACAAAGACGCCAUCCUGAAUUAGAUGGGCAGGUUAUAGUUGUCAAGCAAAUAUGCAAAUCAAGACAAUAGCCCCUAGUGUUGUGACUUGUCUUUGAAUUCUGAGAGUUAUUGUUCCUUUGCAGCUGCAGUAUUUGCAUAAUCAACUCUUAGUCUGUACCAUUGUAUACUUCCACCCAAUUUGCUGCAAUGUUUUCAUGGUAUUUGGCUUUGUGCCCUAGACAGCUUUUUCUUUCUUUUCCUAAUGUGCAUCAACUGCAGGCAGGGUUACAUAUGUAUCAUUGUGUUGCAUGGCAUGUAUUUAAUUGUUUUAUGUUUUUUUUAAAUCUUUUCUACUGUCUAAGGCCACAGAUCAUUGUUGACUGUAUUUACAUUUCUUCAACAUAUCCAUACAUUUGUGUAUUUUUUUAACCGUGCAGCACAAUACAGUAAACACUGAUGACUUAUAUGAA